AUGCAGAUUCCCCGAAUCGGGAUGCAGCAAAUAUGCCUUGAUGCAAGUAAUCAUGCGGCGUUAAUAACACCCACGGAAGUGGGUCACUCUGAAAGAGUGCGAGAUCGCGAGGCAUACACAACCAGCAUUUUACAGUCCAAUCCGGCUUCGGUAUGGCCGGAAGGCUCUAUCACUUCGCACUCUCAUCCGAUGCUGGUGAAUGUCGAGGAUCAUAUUGAUCAAAUCAAAGAUCUCCAAGAAGCACUCACAUUAGCAAUUGUGAAUAUUGUUGGUCGGUGGUGGGAUCCUGAGACGGAUUUCCCGAGUCGGAUGCCGCUUGAGCCUUAUGAAGAGGAUCUUUUGAAAUGGAUGGAAAACUUGCCAACGGGAACAGUUCCCCCGUUCGAUCAGUGCCUAGGAUCCUGGCGGCCUGAUUUUCUGAUUGAAGAAGUACCCAAUUCGACCGAGUCUAAACAGACUCGCGAGAAAUUUCGCAUUUGCGAGAUCAACGCUCGUUUUUGCUGGAACGGCUUCUUCCAUAGCGCCUAUGGCCAACAGGCUUUAGUUGAUAUGGGUGCGAAAGAGAAGGGGUUCCGGGGAGCUGCGAACUGCGAAGAAAUUAUCGAUGGAUUAUUCACUCUAUUCGACACAUCCAAGACUCUUCAUCUUCUCAAAGGGCAAGAAUCAGGAAUUGAUAUCGGAAUGUUGGCCUGGGCCGUCGAAAGGCGGACAGGGAUACCUCCUCGAUUCAUCAAACCUGAGGACCUGCGUUUAGUCCCGUGCAAGGUGUCGCUUUUUGGUCAAAAGUUGUGUUGUGUAAUCCCGGAUGAAGCGCAUGUUUCGUCGACAUCGACUGUCUUCCGAUCAAAUGGUGAGCGACUCGAAGAGAUUCACCAAGUCAAUCUUGAGCUUCGCCAAAGAGAAUUGCGGGCAAUGCCGACUGAUAUACUCCGCCAUUUGUCACUACGCUGUUUUAACGAUAUGCGCACCAUCCUUCUCGUCCACGACAAACGGAUGUUGGGCCUCAUUCUUCAGGAACUUGAUUCGCUCGUUUCUCGGCACAAGGUCCUGACCCCGGCUCAGGCUACAAUUCUCCGAGAAGGUAUCUCGACGACUUUGGUUCCCGGCUCUUUGGAAAUGAAACAGUUCAUUGACAUUUCUCGCAUCAAUCCCAAUCUCAAGAACCAGUUUCUUUUGAAACCCAUAAGGGGCGGGAAAGGUGCAGGUAUUCUCUUCGGCGAUGAACUGUCCCCAGAAGAUUGGCAAAGCAAAAUAGAGGGUUGUGUAUGUGCAAUGAUCUCCCCGGAUCGCACCUCAUAUAUUGUUCAACGGACUGUUCCUCAAGCAGUCUACGAUGUGGUUUCAAGGGAUGGUGACGAGAGCAAACAGGUGCGUUUGGUUGGUACAUAUCUUGUCAUCAACGGUCAAUACUUUGGUCUGGGAAUAUGGCGUGCCAGUCAAGCUCGCAUCUGUGCCAUUUCUCAGGGAGCAUCGUGGAUGUGUUCCAUCCUUAGUAUCUGA